CAUAAAAAUGUCAUAAUUAUCAAGUUUAACAAAAAACAAAAUUCUUGGGUGCUGGUUCAUUCUCAUAUUUUGACUUUGAAAAAUUAUAAUUAUUAUUAUGAAAAGAUAAACUAUAAAAUUAGCAUAGUUUACAUGAAUAGUUCUAAUAUUUCAAAUGCCAUAGGAAAUCUUUAUUUUGGUAUUUAUCAAUAAAAAAAUAAUUCUGCUUCAAUAUAAGUGUAUAUGUAUAUAUAGCAUUGGAAAACAAAAUUUUAUUAUUAAAUUACAUUUUCUGAUUAUAAUUCACUUUUUAAAAUCAACUUUUUUAUUACUGCAUUGUUCUUCAAUAAAUGUUAUGCACUAUAGUAGCCUUUCAGACUCAGGACCAUCUUCCACCAACGGAUAUCCAACAUUCAGAGAUAUUUGAACUUCAUCUUGCACAUAAAUACCAUGUUAAUGAGCUUUGGAAUGAACUGUUAGCAGAAGAAGUCAUCUUGCCAUAUAAAAUUCAAUGAGAUACAUUAUUUUGAUAAACUGCAAUUUUAUGUUUAAAAUUUGUGUUGACGUUUUGGUUUUGUAUGGAACAGUUGGUAAGUUCAUUUUUACAUGUGAUGAUUCCAAGGACGAAUAUGAAUUAGUAUCAGUAGAUCCUGUAGAAGAAUAUUUCAAGAAAAUAGCAGAUGACAGAAUGUUUAUGCAUUCUGAGAGAACAUGUACGAUUCGUAGUAAUAAAAGAAAAUCUCCAGGAUCUUCAUUGUCAAAUGAUACUAAUGAUGAGUCAGUAAAUUCUGAACCACCUGUUAAAUGUCAAAGAAGAAGCAGAAGACAAAGACAUUAUUUAUCACGUAAUUCACCUGAAAUGAAUUCUGUCACUCUGGUAGAACGCAAACAAUAUACAUGUGAUAUUCGGUUAAGAGUAAAAGCUGAAUAUUGUAAUUAUGACCAGAUAUUAGAAGACAGUGUCAAUUCCAAUAAGGCUGAUCCCAUUGAAAAGCAGCUAGAUUGUUUUAAUCAGUCAAAUGCACUGUUACAUUCCAGAGACUUGGGCUGUGUAGUUUGUGAUAUCAAGUUUUCUGACUUAUCUUAUUUGGAUUCCUUUUGGAAGGAUUAUUUGAAUGGUUCCCUAGCAAAUGGCUUAAAAGGUGUUUUCAUAACAGACUCUUUAAGGCAAGUGGUAGGUAAUGAAGAUUUGAAACUGUUGGUUCAUGUGGAGGAAAAAGACUAUCUUGAAGGACGUCGACUAUUACUAAAAAAUCUCUAAAAUUUUGCAUUAAAAAAGGGGGGAAGAAGAAAUAUAAUUUAUCAUGAAUGUAUUUUGAAAAUACAUUGAAAUGCAUACAUAUUUUUAAUAAUUUUUGUACAAGAAUGAAUAUAUACAUAAGUUCUAUAUUAUUUGAACUUGUUCUUACUCCAAGAAAAUUUGUAUAAAAGAAAAUAAUUCUGCACCUGGGCAUAUUUUACAUAUUGCAAAUUUUUGACUUAUAUCACCAUUUACUUUAUAUUAAUGAAUGUAAAAAUUAAACUUUUUAUUCAUUAUGUUAUAUAUAUAUAAUUUUUUAUGAUUAGCAAUCUAAACAGUUAAAUGAUAUUCUGAAUGUUGUAAUAGAUUUAAAACUUUACUAAUACCAAAAUUUUUAAAUAAUUUAUUAUUAUUUUCUUUUUUUUUUUUU